AUGGAUGGAUGGAUGGAUAGAUGGAUGGAUGGAUGGAUGGAUGGAUGGAUGGAUGGAUUUGUUGAUUUUGUCUUUCAUUCACAAACAUACUGACACUUCUCUCAGUUUACCUCGAUUGUGUCUUUACUACACAGGCAAUUUUUUAAGCUUUAUUGAGCUUGYCCCUACUGAAUAAAACAGCUUUUUUGAUGCUUUAAACAGAUGYUUGUAAAUAUUUUAUUCACACUGCAGCUUGUUGAAUUGUCCUUUAUGUAAAUUAGAAUAUACACGUCAUGCAUGUAUCACUUGAAUUUAUAACAUAAAACUGUUGUUAGUAUGAAUGACAAUAAUGCUGAUGCUAAUAAUUAGUGUAUAAUCCAGAAAUCGUUUGCUACAGAUUGCAAAUAUAUUAUUUACUAAGUGCAGUGUCAUUUUAGCUCAUAGUGAUGACAGCGUGCAGUUUCAGCACCACAAAGCAUGGACAGCCCCACCUUUCUUUUAACCGCUGUUUGUGAUGCGACGCAAUAACUUCAUUUUGUAAUAAAGUUUGUGGUUAUUAUUGGCUUGUAAACCUUUAAUUGCAACAAAAUAUAUAUAUAUAUAUUUAUUUUAACAGCAGUUGGAACUAGUUUUGUAUAUUAUACAGUUAAAGUCUAUUAAAACAAGCUGGGGACUGCAUUUUUUUUUYCCUAUGGUGAUAUUCAAAAAUUGGACAGUAAAGGACGCUGUUGGUCAGUAAAACAAGUGAGUGAGGAAAGGAGAGGCACRUCAACCUCUUUUUGUUCAUUUGAGAAAAAAACAAGCGGUGGUUUCAGUCGCAUGAGCCACUAACUCUAUUAGAGAGAUAGAAUCUGCAUCGAAGGACCACUUUUUACAUCAUCAUUUGUUCUUUUUGGAUUCAUUGGACCCAACAUUUUUUUAAUCUUUUUUUAACGAAUUUGCAAUGGCGUCUGAUAAAUCGUUUUCAUCCUGUGGGAAAUGGCGUUCUCUUUCCAGGUCAGUGCAGUGCUUUCUGCUGUCCCUCUGCUGUCUCAGCCACAUAGUUUCUGGCCAGAUCAGAUAUACAGUUCCAGAGGAGAUGAAAAGGGGGUCUCUUAUUGGGAAUGUCGCUCAUGAUCUGGGCUUAAAUGUGGAAAGGCUGCGUUCUGGCCGUGCCCGCAUCGUGACGAGACAAAGCCUUCAGUACACGGAGCUGAAAACAGACAAAGGCGUGUUAGUCGUGAACGAGAGGAUUGACCGGGAGCAGCUUUGCGGAGACACGACACCGUGCAGCUUCAGCUUUGAGGUGAUUUUAGAGAAUCCGAUGGAGCUGCAUCGAGUUACGGUGGAAAUAACUGAUAUAAAUGACAACUCGCCGACUUUCCGAAAGGAGGAAGUUAAAUUUGAAAUAAGUGAAUUGGCCACUCUAGGAUCGCGCUUUUUAUUGCCCACUGCGGAGGACGCAGAUGUGGGCAUUAAUGGCCUACAGAAAUACACACUCAAUACAAAUGAUGUGUUUGGAUUAAAACAACUGUCGAGACCAGACGGUAGAAAAUAUGCUGAAAUGGUUCUGCAAAAAGCGUUAGACAGAGAAAUCCAGCCCAGAAUAUCAUUAAAGCUGAUUGCUGUGGACGGAGGAACUCCACCUAGAUCCGGUACUGUAAACAUAGAUGUCACAGUGCUUGAUGUUAAUGACAAUCCCCCUGUUUUUAAUCAGUCUUUAUACAGAGCUACUGUUUCAGAAAACGCAAUAAAAGGCAUUUAUAUCACCACAGUUAAUGCAAGCGAUGCAGAUUCUGGAUCAAAUGGCCUAGUC